CACGAAAGAUAAACAUGGCGGCGCCCAGCGGAUACGAAAGAGCAGCAGUUGCGGUUUUGACGAGUGCCGUUGAACAUGAUCAAGCGUCGCGGUACACAUCAGCGCUCGUUUGCUACCAAGAAGGAAUCCAACUUCUUAUGGACGCCAUCAAAGAAACGACAGAUGUCAUCAAACGAGAUCACCUGCGAAAUCGGGCCAAAACUUACAUGGACAGAGCUGAACGCAUCAAGGAGCAAGUUCGGAAAGAGAAAGCAGCGGGAACUUACCACGAGCAGAUCCACAUCGAGAGUGGCUCCACGGGCCACAGCUACCAGCAAGUCUUCGGCCACCUGCUCGACGACACGGUGACCGCCGUUGAGGUGGACGACCCAUACGUACGUUCCAUUCACCAGGUUCAGAACUUUGUGCGCCUUUGCGAACUUCUCAAGAAGAGGUGUCCGUGCCUGAGACGGGUCGUCCUGACAACCGGAUCCGAUCAGCACGACCAACAGGCCCAGUUCGACCGAUUGAACCAGGUGAAGUCCAGCCUCGCUGACCACAAGAUUGAACUGACCGUCAAUCUUUCGGGAACUCUGCAUGACCGAGAAAUACGGUUGGACAGCGGCUGGAUCAUCAAGAUUGGCCGAGGCCUGGACUACUUCCGACCGACGCCCAACAAGUUCAGCCUCGGAUUCUUUGACCACGACCUCAGGACGUGCCACGAGACGACCGUCGACAUCUUCCACAGAGACUUUGUGCAUCCGGUGCCCAAGCCUUCCUGAUGUAAGCCGUGCUGUUUGUGGUGAUUGAGAGGCGUGUUGAGCGUGCUUGACGUGACAUUUAUGCACGCUUAGAUUUAAUGCAAACACGAUUGGAAAGGAAUCGACAAUCACGAAAAGACGUCGGCAGCUCAAAAUCAUGAUUCCUUUUUCUGCACGUGAGUGGCCACUCGAGAGUCAGUAGCUCAGGGCUUCUCCGCCCUCUUUUACUCUGUCCCAUGAAGUGAUAACAGUGAAGUUGGAAUAUAUGAGAAUAAAUGACACGUUUAUGGCACAGCUUGAUCAAUAAAAGUGAUAAAAUGCUUUCAA